AAAGCCCAACACAUUUGUCACGCUUCCUCCUCUCUUACGUUCUGAAAAACGUCCCUCUUUUCUUUUCAACUUCUCUCAACCAUUUUCUCCGCCUAAUCCAGAGAUGAAAGAAAGAUGAUGAUCUCUCCUCCCUUUCUUAGCUGUUAAAACUCCUUGCUUCCGUUUGCUCAGUUCAGUUUUUUCGCCGUCUAAUUUUCUUUGAGACAUUUCAUCAAACAUCUUACAUACACUCGUGAUUGUAAGGAUAAAAUAUCUAAAUAUUGAAAGAAGUUAUUGAGCUUUACUAUAUGGAACAUUGAGUUCAUUCCUAACAGAAGCUAGCAGACAAUACCCAUUUGAGCAAAUCAAACUAUUCUCCAAUUAGUCUGGUACUUGUAGUGGUGGCGGUGUCCAAUUUAAUUUUGAAGCUAGAAAGGAACACAAAAGAUAUAUAAUUCAAGCUCCGGUACGGUAGCUAGCCCCUGCAGCUGCAGCUGCAUUGAUGGAGAAAGAGGUGAACGAAAGUCGAAAGGGCCGAAAGGCUGGUGGUGGUGCGUGGGUUGAGAGAGAGCGAAGGAAGAAGAUGAAGGAUAUGUUCUCUUCCCUUCAUGCCUUGCUUCCUCAGCUUCCAGCUAAGGCUGAUCAUUGUACCAUUGUUGAUGAGGCAGUGAGAUAUAUCAAAUCCCUCGAGCACACUCUACAAACAGCGCAAAAGCAAAGGCUUGCUAAAUUGCGGAGUAGCGCUUCUUCAUCCAUUAUUACAUCGAAAACAGAAGCUAGGAGUGAUGCUGGUGUUACAAGAAAAGCGUUUUUAGCUGAUCAUUUUCAGGAGGAGGAGGAGGAUCGACCAUCAAAGAAGUUGGCUUACGGAAACAAUCCAUCACCUACUUCUCUUGAUUCUCAGCAGGCCAGCUGCUUCAAGACGUGGUUUUCCCCUAAUAUUGUGGUGAACAUAUGCGGCAAUGAGGCUCACGUAAGUGUUUGUUCGCCAAGAAGGCCAGGGCUCCUCAGUACCGUCUUCUACAUACUAGAAAAGCAUAAACUGGAUGUUAUAUCUGCUCACAUUUCCUCGGAUCAGCAUCGUUGUAUGUACAUGAUCCACGCUCAUUAUGCUGGUGGAGCUUGUGAUGAUACUCUUCCAGCUGGGGCGUUAUCAGUAGAGGACACUUUCAAUCUAGCAGCAGGUGAACUGAACCUGUGCCUCUUUUCAUCUUGAUUCAUAUACUCGUAUCAUUACGAGGAAAAAUUUCGAACUUUACCGCAAGUCUUUUGAGUUGAAAUCACACAUGGGAUAGUUUGAGUUAAGGCCAGAAACUGAUGGUGCCACAGUCACAUGGCUAGUAAAGGCAAUACAGCUAGUACUGAAACUAACAAGUUUGCUUCUAUCAAACCACAUGAUGUGCACCUCAUUUACUUCCCAACCUGAUGUUGUCUUUCAGCAAUUGUGCAUGAAAAAUGUUGAUGCUAACACUGACCCUAAACAGACCAUGACAACAAACCACCACAGUUUUUUAUUUUUCUUUUUUGCUAAUGUCUUUUUUCUGUAAUUAAUAAAAAUGAGAAGCAAACCAACAGGUUUGCGACAGCAAUGCCAGCUGCCAACCAGAGUCCACCUAAACAAAUGGCCAAUGGUGGGGGCCCAAAAUGACGGCCCAUUUCGAUGUGAAUGAUUAAACUCGUGCAGAACAUCGGAAACCAAUUGUUACAAAAAGUUUUAACUUAAUCCACCUCGUUUGGAUUAAUGAUUAUCAUAAUCAUUAAUCAACUUGAUGACCUGUCCCAUGCCCACGGAAUUUCUUAUUUUUCCUCUCUUAAAACUAACUAGAGCAUCUUGAAACUAGUCAGCACCCAUAUCCAAAGGGAAUACCCAAUAAGUCAAUACGCUAAGUAAUCGUGAUUA